CUAGGACCCGGACUAGAGGAGCGCGUCGUCAGCGUAUCGCCCCGGGGGGAAACAAGUAUAUAACCCGGGGCGGCCAUCAAGGUUGUCGUGAGUCUUUAUUGUGUGCCAAACGCAUCUCAGUCACAGACGAGCUUCAAGAGAAGACCGACCGCAACAAUACCCUCGCCAUCCACCACCCUAGUAACGCAGCACUAAAACCACCCCCCAUGUCGCCACACUCGAUCCCCAAGGAGCAGUGGGCGCAGGUGAUCAACGAGCAGAGCAAGCUCGAGUACAAGAAGAUCCCGGUCCAGAAGCCCGGCCCGGACGAGGUCCUCGUCAACAUCAAGUACACGGGCGUCUGCCACACGGACCUGCACGCCCUCAACGGCGACUGGCCCCUGGACCGCAAGCUUCCCCUGAUUGGCGGCCACGAAGGCGCCGGAGUCGUCGUCGCCCGCGGCGAGCUGGUCCAUGACAUCGAGAUCGGCGACCAUGCCGGUGUCAAGUGGCUCAACGGCUCGUGCCUGGCCUGCGACUUCUGCCAGCAGGCAGACGAGCCGCUGUGCGCCAAGGCGCUGCUGUCCGGCUACACGGUCGACGGCACCUUCCAGCAGUACUGCAUCGCCAAGGCGGCCCACGUCGCGCGCAUCGCCAAGGACGUGCCGCUCGACGCCAUCUCCCCCGUCCUGUGCGCGGGCAUCACCGUGUACAAGGGCCUCAAGGAGUCCGGGGCCCGGCCCGGCGAGAGCGUCGCCAUUGUCGGCGCGGGCGGCGGCCUGGGCUCGCUGGCCCAGCAGUACGCCAAGGCCAUGGGCCUCCGGGUGAUUGCCAUUGACACGGGCGCCGAGAAGAAGAAGGCCAGCAUCGAGCAGCUCGGCGCCGACGAGUUUGUCGACUUCAUGCAGUCCAAGGACGUCGUCGCCGACGUCAAGAAGGCCACCCCGGACGGCCUGGGCCCGCACGCCGUCAUCCUCGUCGCCGUCAACGAGAAGCCCUUCCAGCAGGCCGCCGAGUACGUCCGCCCCCGCGGCACCGUCAUCUGCAUCGGCCUGCCCUCGGGCGCGUUCCUCAAGGCCCCCGUCUUCGACUCGGUCGUCAAGAUGGUCACCAUCAAGGGCUCGUACGUCGGCAACCGCAAGGACAGCGCCGAGGCCAUCGAGUUCUUCCGCAGGGGCCUCAUCAAGGCUCCCUACAAGGUCGUCGGGCUCUCGGAGCUGCAGAGCGUCUACGACAAGAUGCACCAGGGCGAGAUUGUCGGCAGAUAUGUCCUGGACACCUCCAAGUAGAGGACAUUGGAGACCUAUAACUGGAGGAUAUUGGAAACUUUCAAGUAGAUGAUGCUGGGAACCUCCAUGUAGUUGAUACUGGAAACCUCCAUGUAGUUGCCUGAUUAGUCUAAUUGUGCUCAAAUUUAACCAGUUUCUGCCG